CGUCUCUGUGCCGUGGUGGUGCGAUGGUGUGCCGUGGUGGUGCGAUGGUGUGCGUCUCUGUGCCGUGGUGGUGCGAUGGUGUGUGUCUCUGUGCCGUGGUGGUGCGAUGGUGUGCGUCUCUGUGCGAUGGUGUGCGUCUCUGUGCCGUGGUGGUGCGAUGGUGUGCGUCUCUGUGCGAUGGUGUGCGUCUCCGUGCCCUGGUGCCGCUAUGUGCGGUCGGGGGACAGUGAGCAGGCAGUUUGCCGGCCGGUUUGCGAGCAGGGCUGUAUGAACGGGACGUGUGUGGAGCCCAACCAAUGCCGCUGUCACUUUGGCUGGGUCGGCACGGACUGCUCGCUUCUCUGCAACUGCAACCAACACAGCGAGUGUGCCGGGGUCACCCAGAGAGACCACUGUCUACAGUGUGUACACAACACACAGGGUGAUCAGUGUGAUCAGUGCCGCCCGCUGUUUGUGGGCUCGGCCUUGGAGGGAGGAUCGUGUCGGCCCUGCAGCAGCUUCUGCAACAACAACAGCCACGUGUGUAUCACCAAGGACCAGUACGUCAAGUGGCUGCUCCAGCCCGACAGCCACCCACUGCAGCCCGACCAGAUCUCCAGCUGGGUGAUGGAGGGCCCGCUGGAGGAGACGGCUCUCUGUGUCCAGUGUCAGAACCACAGCUCCGGGGAACGCUGCGAAUCCUGCCUGGAUGGGUAACUUUCCUCCUCGACGGCAAAUGCACCAAGUGCCAGUGUAACGGCCACUGGACCGGUGUCGCACGUCAGACGGCACAGAGUGUCAAUGUCAGAAUAACACGGAAACCAGUUGCCCCACCGCCCAGACCGACAACAAGGAGUGUUACAAGUACCAG